AUGGCAGCUUCUCUUCUAUCUCCUUGCUUAGGCCUCCCUACCAAACUCAGAAACCUCUCUCUUGAUUCCACAACAUGUUCUUCAUCCACUCUUAACUCCAUCAGUUUCUCCUCUACCCUCUCUCACAGUAUCUUCAACAAAGGUUCUUUGUCAUUGAGGACAAUUCAAAGACCAAUUCACAAUUUGUCUAUUGUUUGUGAGGCAACGCCAAAGAAAAAGGCUGAUUCAGCUGAAAAGAGAACUCGUCAAGCUGAGAAACGAAGAGUUUAUAAUAGAGCUCGCAAGUCUGAAAUUAAAACCCGCAUGAAGAAGGUCUUGGAAGCACUGGAUGAUCUGAAAAAGAAACCUGAUGCCCAAUUUGAGGAUGUCCUUCCUAUAGAAAAGCUAAUAGCAGAGGCAUACUCGGUGAUUGAUAAAGCGAUAAAAGUGGGAACCUUGCAUAGAAACACUGGAGCGCGAAGAAAGUCAAGGCUUGCUCGGAGAAAAAGGCCGUGGAGACAUCUGUUCAUUCCCUCUCGCCUAAAUCUCACAGUAUAUGUCAAUGUGGAAGUUCAUAGCAGAGAACAUGCUCAAGAAGCGAGGUUUUUUGUGAUGAUGACUUAUGAAGAUGGGUUGUGA